AUUUCUCGUCUGAUGGUGUCUCAUCCAGCAAAUCAGAGCCGAGCCGCUGAGCCAAUCGGGAGGCCCUCCUAAAUCCAGACGGCCCUACGUCAGCACCAGGUCACCCAAUCGGGACAGAGACACCCCCUCUGCUCCCCGUUUCCUCCUCUCAAAGUUUGGACUUUGGAGCUAAUAGACAGCAGGAGCAGAUGAUCAUGUUUUAUUAUCUCUCAGAACUUCUUGAACUCAGCAGAGAAAGUGUCUUUUUGUCGUCCUGGUCUGGGAGUGGACCUGGAUCCGGGUCUGUCUGCGGGGGAGACUGACUUCUUUCUGGUGCUUUUCUUGCAAGUUGAAGAUUUUGGGAUUUCGCAGUCGUGCCGAGCCUGAGAUGGGCUUUGGAUGUGACUCCAGAGAAGAGCGGCUUCUUGUUUAGUAGCAGUCCGGACUGUGUCAGGUGCAGCAGGGCCCUAAAGACCCAGAGACCCCUGCUGCAGUCCUCCCGGAUCCUCCAGAGAAGUGGUAAUGUUAGCGGUGGGUCAGAUGGACGGGUCCCGACAGAGCGCCUUCCUCCUCAGCACCCCCCCUUUAGCAGCUCUGCACAGCAUGACCGAGAUGAAGACCCCGCUGUACCCGGCUUACCCGCUCUCCUCCACCGGCCCCAACUCCUCUACCUCACCGGCCACCACGUCUCCCAACCCGGGCGGCAUGGCCGUGUCCUCCCCUGGGAUCAAAAGCUCCACGGGGCUGUCCUCGGGGCUCGGCUCCCCGCAGCUGUGCUCCUCCGCCACCCCUCACGGAAUAAACGACAUCCUCAGCCGGCCCGCCGCCUCCUCCGCCGGCGCUACGGUCGCCGUGGCCGCCGCCGCCGCCGCCGCCUCCUCCUCGGCGGGGAUUCUGUCAGGGCUGCCCCGGUUCAGCAGCCUCAGCCCCCCGCCGCCUCCCGGACUUUACUUCAGCCCCAGCGCCGCGGCGGUGGCGGUGGCCCGGUACCCGAAGCCCCUGGCGGACCUCCCGGGCAGGACGCCGAUCUUCUGGCCGGGGGUCAUGCAGAGCCCGCACUGGAGGGACGCCAGAUUUGCGUGUUCCCCCCAUCAUAACUCCGUGCUGCUGGACAAGGACGGCAAGAGAAAGCACACGCGGCCCACCUUCUCCGGACAGCAGAUCUUUGCGCUGGAAAAGACUUUUGAACAGACCAAAUACCUGGCGGGGCCGGAGCGCGCGCGGCUGGCCUACUCCCUGGGAAUGACCGAGAGCCAGGUCAAGGUCUGGUUCCAGAACAGGAGGACCAAGUGGAGGAAAAAGCACGCGGCGGAGAUGGCCACCGCCAAGAAGAAGCAGGACUCGGAGACGGAGCGGCUGAAGGGAACCUCGGACAACGAGGACGAAGACGACGAUUACAACAAACCUCUGGACCCGAACUCGGACGACGAGAAGAUCACGCAGCUGCUGAAGAAGCACAAACCGGGCUCCGCGCUGCUGCUGCACACGUCGGAGAACGACAGCUCGUAAAGCGGCCUGCUGCUUCCUGUGGGACGUGACACGGACCCCCGGAGGACUUUCCUCCAGAACAAAUGCUCUUUGUGGUUUUGUUUUCGUGUGUUUUUUCUGCACGCGGAUGGAGGCCGCCGGUCCGGACGCAGAGGAGCUGGGCGGACAUUUCAUGGCCCCGGCCCCGGCCCCGGACCCGGCCCCGGACCCGGACCCGGCGCAGCGGACGGUGCUUAACUUGUAAAUAGCAGCGUGAGUGUCCGAUAGAAAUGAUCUGCUGUGAAUAAUUUAUGUGUUUUUGUACAGACGCACUGAUCGCAGAUCAGCUCAACACGUUUAUUUGGUUUUGGAUUUCAGUCACAAAAUAACCACAAGUCCUCCUCCUGCGGGCCCGCGAGGGCCUCCCGACACACCAGCCUCUAGUUAGGAGGAGGCCCUGAACGCACCACACGCACCUGUACAGACACGCAGACCGGCAGAAACAUUUCCUCACGCGCAUUUUUAUUUAUAGGAGUUUGGUUUUAAGCUGUGGCUGGCGCCUGCGCAGUUGUGUAUCAUAGCAGGUUAAUGUAAUGCACUUUUAUUUAAUAAAAACUCAAAUGUUU